UAUUUACUGCAAAAGUAGCUUCCCUUUCCGUCUGGCAUCAUGCGCAUGUUCUCUAGGAAUUUGCCCUGUAGCAGGCUUCUUUUCCAUCCUGGUCUCUACUCAUCCUGGUUCUUUACGAAUCACCCGGACGAAAAUAACAUCACAAGCCACCUUAAUCAAUGAAAACUUUUUAGAUAAUUACUUUGAAUGCAGUGAUGCAAAGAAUGCUCAUUCAUUAUGUCAUCUGACACUGACUGUGAUUUUGAUGCUGUUUGGCUUCAGCAGUCUUCGCAAAUACAGAACUCACUACCAAUUUCUGCAUCUGACCAGUCCAUUGAAAAUGGUGAUGUUGGCAAAUCUGACACCACUUUACAUGAUGGUAACAAUCAGAGUGAUGUUUUAAAGGAAGAUAUGAAAGUGUUAACUGGAGACUCUGGUUUAAAUCCUGGACAGCAUUAUUUAAUUGUCUCCAAAGAUACAGCAGCUCUUGGAGUUGGUAUUCUUGAAGAAGAUACUCCAACAGAACCAGGAUCUAAAAGGAUAAGGCUCUCGGGAGAGGAUGGACAAACCUUUAUUUUUACUAUUAGCGAACCUAAUUCCAGUGCUCCAGUGGAUCAAAAAGCUGCUGAAAUUACUAUGACAAAUUCAGCCUCUGGUCAGUCUAAUAUAGUCUCUGGCCAUCACUCAAGCAAAAAUGAUGCUAUUGUCACCCAAGCAUGGUUUACAACAAGAGAUGAGAAGAAUGCUUUGCAAAACAAAGGCCAUUCUUGGGUCCAAGGCCAGUGGACAAAAGAUGAAAUAGAACUCUUACAAGCAAACAUCAAUAGCUAUUGUAAAGAUAACAAUAUCAGUAACCCUACAGAAAUCAUUUUUGAGAUGUCCAAAGAUGAACGGAAGGAUUUUUAUCGAACAGUUGCAAAAGGACUUAACCGACCUCUGUUUUCUGUGUAUAGACGAGUAAUACGAAUGUAUGAUCAAAAAAAUUAUGUUGGCAAGUACAGUCAAGAUGAAAUGAUUAAACUCAGAGAUGUUUAUUAUGUUAGGUUGCGCCUCAAGCAUGGCACAGACUGGGCUGCCAUUGGUGCUGUAUUGGGCCGAAGUGCAUCAUCUGUCAAAGAUAAAUGUAGACUAAUGAAAGAUACCUGUAAUUCAGGGAAAUGGCUCCCAGAAGAAGAACAGCGACUUACAGAUGCUGUGUGUGAAUUAUCAGGAGCACAGCCAGGUGAGAAUAUUACCCAUGGUUUAUCAUGGGCUGCUGUUUCUGAAAGGGUUGGUACAAGAUCUGAGAAACAGUGCCGUACCAAGUGGUUGAACUAUCUUAACUGGAAACAGCAAGGAGGUGCUGAAUGGACAAGACUUGAUGAUAUCAACUUAAUAUUAAAGAUGUCAUCAUCAUCUGUAACAGAUGAAACACAAAUUGAUUGGAAUGAAUUAGCCAAAGAUUGGCCCAGUGUUCGGUCCCCACAAUGGCUGCGAGGCAAGUGGUGGUCUCUAAAAAGGCAUGUCCCUGACUAUCAAGUACUCUCAUUUUCUGCUCUUGUGAAUUAUUUGAAAGUGACACAUCUGAAUGUUCAACUAAAGAAUCCUCUCAACAACAAUCUUCGAUUAGCCAAAGUUGAUUUGCCACGUGUGAACAGCACAAAUCCAGAGAAUCCAUUCUCCAUAUCUGUACCUGUUCAAGCUGCAGCCACCCAAGUGGACAGCAGUGAGGUGACCAGUGAUGGAGCAAUGCAGACUUAUGAAGUUCUACAUCAACUGGCUCUCACCAGUUCUAGUGCCUUUCUCAUUACACAGUCACAAAACAAUUCUGCUAUCUCUGUGACAGGAAACACUAUGACAACUGAUAACAUUAUUGUACAUGCAUUACCAGUUUCUCAGUCAAACCAUCGAUCAAAAGUAACUGAAAAUGUUACUGUUCAAAUUAACCCUCAACCUACAGAUAUCAUAACCUCUGAAGAUGGCUCUGACACUGUGAUAUCUCUUGGCACUGCAGACUAAGUCUAAAGUUAAAAUAUCUUGGAGAUAUUCUCAGCUGAGACAGAUCUUCACUGUUAAAAUCAACUUGGUUCUAUUUCUCAAACUUUUUGUGGACUUCAUCAAGAAGAGAAAGCUACUUCAGACCAAAAUCCAAACAAAAGCAGUUUUCUGAGGUACCGUGUAUCUCCUCUACAGCAAAACCUAUUUUUAUCCCUCUUUUAUACUUUUUAACCUCUCAUCAACUGACACAAAGCCACCACCCUCAAUACUGCUCUCUUCAGUUGAGGGGUUUUUGUUUUAUAAGUUACUUGAUGACCCUGCUGAUACUGGUACCACAAAAAGGGAACCAGUACACUCUGUAAAGUGGUUAGCAUCAGGAAGAGCAUCUAGUCUUAAAAACCAUGCUAACCAGCUCAAGGCUACCAUAAACGCCUACUUGACAAACAUCUGUGAAGAGAGAGGACAUGUGAACAAGAUUAAGUGCAACUUCAUCACAAGAAACAGAGUACUCCCCACCUUCUAUUACCUCAUAAAACUACAUAAACCAAAAUUAAACCUUUUGUCUCUAGUAUUAAAAGACUCUUCUUUCAAAUACCUUGGUUUUAAUCUAAAAUUCUCAAACCACUACUUCAAACCUUUCCAGGACAUGUUGAAUGCUCCACCAAAGUCAUCAACAAACUAUGAUGUCUCAACUCAUCCAUGCUUAGGAAAAAGUAACUACCAUUUUAGCUAAAAACAUUUCCUAUACAACACUCCCCUUGCAACCCCAGCUAUCAACUUACUAAUUGAACAUAUUACUUCCUCUCAUAGCCUUAACUGCAUUGGGCACACAGCUCCAGAUAUCCAUAAACUGUUAACUACUGUAAUGGAGACCACCUUCCAUUCUGAGGGUUCCAUUUGCAAACAAAUCUCUGGAUUACUGUCAGGCAUACUGACCAUCAUAUACAGGGACCAGUUACAACACAGGACACUCCUUUGCUUUUUCUACCAAGUAUGUGGAUGACAUCCUCAUAUUAACAUCAUCUCACAAGCAGGUUAUUAAAAUAUACAAUAUCUUCAACAAUAUUGAUGAACAUAUAAAAUCAAAAGUAGAGCACCCCAAUAACACCAGUUCAUUACAUCUGCUUGAUUUCAAACUCAAAAUCUCAGAGAACAGAUUCAUCUCCACUAACUUUUACAGAGAAGCAGCAUACAGGAGCCCAUUUGUUCAUCAUAAUUCAUCCCUGCCCAUCAGAACAAAGAUGGCCUACAUCAGAAAUGAGAUUUACACAAUAUGCAGUAAAUGCAGCAAGACAGGAAUGAAAAUGUUGUUGUGUAGCAAUUUAUCAUAUAAAUCAUUAUUAACUUCAUACAGGUUAUUAGUCUUACUGAAAAAUACAAAUUUGUUUUUGGAAUUUCUAAUAUCAGAUUUUAGUUUAGCUUAAAAAUGGUUAUAGUACUUACAAAAUCUUAUAUUAGUUACUAAAUCAAGGAGGUAUGCCUCAAAAGGAACUAAAUCUUUUAUCUUGGGUGGAUAUUUAUGUGUCCUUAAAUCAUAAUGUUCUGUGAAAGUAGAUGUUAAUGUAGCAUCAAAAAAAUAAAGCCUUCCAUCUCAUAAGGUCUUCUACUUUCCCUAGAAGCAUCCUAAGAUAUGAACUAUUCAUUGCUGUAGGUAUAUUUUUUACAGAGUAAUCCAUGUAAUAUAAAUCCAUAAUAGUGUGUAUAAAUUUUUUUAGAAUCCUUAUAGUCACUCAACUUUUACAUAGUUAUAUGCCAAACAAUGUGGAAAUUGAAUUUGCAGUAAUAACAUACAAUUUUUACAUUAUUUACAUUUGACGGAUAUUUGUCCUCAUUUUCUUUGUUGUUAACACAAUGUUUCGGCUGAUAUACCCUCCAGCCUUCAUCAGGUGUCUUGGGGAAAUUUCAAGCCUGGGUUCUCAUUCCUAAGGUAUUUUUCGAUAUUAUUAUUAUUAUUAUUAUUAUUAUUCAGGUCACUGCCUGGAAUCGAACUCGGAAUCUAGGAGUUAGUAGCCCACACUCUUAACCACUACACCAUAUGCCCGUGGCCCACGGACAUAUGGCAUAGUGGUUAAGAGUGUGGGCUACUAACCCCAAGAUUCUGAGUUCAAUUCCAGGCAGUGACCUGAAUAAUAAUAAUAAUAAUAAUAAUAAUAAUAAUAAUAAUAAUGAUAAUAAUAACAACAACAACACCAUCGAAAAAUACCUUAGGAAUGAGAAACCAGGUUCAAAAUUUCCCCAAGACACCUGAUGAAGGCUGGAGGUCAUAUCAACCGAAACAUUGUGUUAACAACAAACAAGAUGAGGAUAAAUAUCCAUCAAAUGUAAAUAAUGUAAAAAUUGUACAUAAUUCCUCAUCUCUUAAACAUAGAACAGAAGACAACAUAUUUGGAGGUAUAUAGUUUAUACAAAAAGUACUUCAUCCAGUGAGAGAUAAAUAUCAAUUUAAUACAUAUACUGAAAGUGCUACUAAUAGUUUCACGCUUUUAUAAUACUUUAACUAGGCAUAUUUAUAAAAUACACCAUGUAUCUCCAAGCAAUCUUUCAGGCUCUGUUUAUGUGUUAAAUAUAUUUUAAAAACAAGGAUGCUGGACAAAAAAAAACCUUCCCAUAAAAACCUAAUUACCACCCUACUCAAACUAACACAGUUAAAGGUGAUUUCAACUGAACAGAAACUAUAUAAAGGUAAGACUAACUUUAAUGCACUGCAAUCUGAUGAUGGCUUCCCUGGGCAAAACCUUGAAAUCACUGUCAGCAACAUUCUUGUAUAAGAAUAAUAAAUUUGUACUCUACAAAAGUAUAGAGUAACCCAUCA